AUGUCUGUCGUACCGGAGUUCUACGCUCCUAGGACAUUUGCGAGAUUAGCCAAAUCAACAAACACUCUCAAAGUUACUACUACUACGCCAUGGAAUAUACAGAUAUACCCAAAAAACACGUCAAGUCGUCACCGUCGGUCAUUCAAUACCAGACAAUAUCUCGGACGGCAACAGCAGCAGCCGUCUCAAACUAAUGACACACGACAACCGAGUCCGAAACAUACAUCCAAAGUAUUCAAAAGUGCCGACGACGCUGUGGCCGAUAUCAAAGAUGGUACAACCAUUCUAAGUGCAGGGUUUGGAUUGAGUGGUGUCGCAGAAACCUUGAUCGACGCCAUCCGCAAAAAGGGUAUACGCGACUUGACCGUGGUUUCCAACAACGCCGGGGCGGGAGAGUACGGUCUGGCCAAACUCACGUCCACCGGGCAAAUCUCCCGGAUGAUCGUGUCGUUCAUCGGCAACAACAGAUCCCUGGGUCAACAGUACCACGACGGCCGGGUGGCCAUCGAACUCUGCCCGCAGGGGACCAUCGCCGAACGCCUCCGGGCCGCGGGGGCCGGCAUCCCCGCCUUCUUCACCGGCACGGGGACCAGCACCCUCAUCGAGACCGGGGAGAUCCCCAUCCGGGUCGGACCCAGGGACCCCGCCACCGGCAAGCACGCCGUCCUGGAGCCCGGCCGACCCCGCGAGACUCGAAUCUUCGGCGGCCGGAGGUACCUCAUGGAGACGGCCCUCGGGGGGGACGUGGCCAUCGUCCGGGCCUGGAAGGUCGACGAGGCCGGGAACUGCGUCUUCCGGAGCACCACAAAGACCUACGGGGUGCUCAUGCCCAAGGCCGCCCGCCUGGCCAUCGUGGAGGCCGAAAAUAUCGUCCCCGUCGGGUCCCUGGACCCCGACCAGGUCGACCUGCCGAGCAUCUACAUCGACCGUAUAUGCCCCGCCACGAGCGACAAACACAUCGAGAAGCUCGUGCUCGCCCCGUCGUCCGAAUCAGACCCGGCCGGGGUCAAUGAGCCCGACGGCGGCGAGGCCGCCGCGCGUAACCGCAUCGCCCGCCGAGCCGCCCUCGAGUUCAAGGACGGCAUGUACGUCAACCUGGGGGUCGGGAUCCCCACGCUCGCCCCCAGUUUCUUGCCGGCCUCCACGAAGGUCUGGCUGCAGUCGGAGAACGGCGUGAUCGGGAUGGGCCCCUACCCGCGCACCCGGGGCGAGGCCGACCCCGACACGAUCAACGCCGGCAAGGAGUCCAUCACCCUCGUCCCCGGGGCGAGCACCUUUGACAGCGCCGAGAGCUUCGGCAUGAUCCGCGGCGGCCACAUCGACGUCUCCCUGCUGGGGGCCCUCCAGGUCGGCGCCGGCGGCGACCUGGCCAACUACAUCAUCCCCGGGAAGGCCUUCAACGGCAUGGGCGGCGCCAUGGACCUCGUGAGCGACCCGGACCGCACCAAGGUCGUCGUCUGCACCUACCACUCCGACAAGGACGGCCGGAGCAAGAUCGUGGACCGCUGCGACCUGCCGCUCACCGGCAAGAACGUCGUGUCCACCAUCAUCACCGAACUGGGGGUCUUCCAGGUCGACCGGAAAGGCGGUCGGGGCCUGACCCUCACCGAGACGGCCAGAGGCGUCAGCGUCGAAGAGAUCAGGAAGAGGACCGCGGCCACUUUCACCGUCGCCCAAGACCUCGGCACGAUGGAAGUGUAUAUUGACAAUCGCCGACUUAUGGCCAACAUGAACCAGAGACAGCCGACAUACAGCACGAAUCGGUGA